GGGGCCGCGGGGAGGGCGGCGCUGAGAGCCGGGGCUGCUCGGGAGGAAACGCUGCUGCUCCGGAGCUGGAGAAAUCCCCCCGCGCGAGCCCAGAGGAGGGAAAUCAGUCACCUGGCGGCGAAGGACAGUAAAACAGGGACGGAGAGGGAAAUCUCUGCCUCUCUCUCCCUUCUCUUCUGCUAGAGAUCCACCUCCUGUUUUCCUCUCAACUCUUCCAGCAUAACCUUCAAAGAAGACCAUACCGUACUGACUUUCUUUUAUUAUGUAUCUGUGUGUGUGUAUAUACAUUACUAUUAUUAUUACUAUAGACUAUCUUUAGCUGCAAAACAAUUUUUGAGCCUAUGCAGGACUUGGGGGGUUUUUUUAUCUUGCCAGCGAAAUUGUUCAUCGCUAAUGUCUUGCGCUCACAGGGUGCUAAAUUAGCUACUAGACUACUCUGGCAGCAUGACGGAGAAAGGGUUUUAUCAUAGACUGUUCUCUUCAGUUUGAACACAUUUGCUUGAAAUUUGCUGCAUGAUGCUGUCCAGGGAAGAAGGAUUUUUUUUUUUUUUUCCUCGGGAUACAGCGAUUCGCCGGUUUCUGAGCUUAUUGCAGAAGAAAAAAAAUAAUCUUUAAACUGAGUGGAUUUUUUUUUUUUUUUUUUUGCUGUCUCCUUUCAUUUCCAGAGGACACGAAUCUCUCUCACCAGGGAAGGAUCACCUGUCGCUUUAAUCCUUAAGGGAGUAAUUUUUUUAAAAAAGUGAAAUAUUUUAUUUAUUUAUUUAUUUAUUUAUUUAAACCGGUGGAGGCGUGAUCGCGGAGAAUGAGACUGAGGGGAGCUGCCACGGUUUGGAGGACAAGGCUGAGUUUAGGCUGGAAACUGACAGACUAGAUUUCCCCCCUCCUCCUCCUUUUUUAUCCCCCCCCACCUCCUCUUUGUUUCUCUUCAUUUUUUUGGCACAACUUCCGUAGUUUCCAGUCCGCUCCGUUCAGUUUCGCUCUAUGGACAGAUCAGCUAACCUGGACACGGAGGAGCUCAAGAUGACACGAGAGCAGUAUAUAUUAGCAACACAACAGAACAGCCUUCCAAGGACUGAGCAUCCUCAGUUUUACCCAGUAGGGAUUUAUGGAUGGCGAAAGAGGUGCUUAUACUUCUUUGUCCUUCUGCUGUUGGUUACCAUGAUUGUUAAUUUAGCAAUGACAAUAUGGAUUUUGAAGGUUAUGAAUUUCACAGUGGAUGGAAUGGGAAAUUUGAGAGUCACUAAAAAAGGAAUACGACUUGAAGGAAUAUCUGAAUUUCUACUUCCACUAUAUGUGAGAGAAAUCCAUUCCCGAAAGGAUAGCCCACUGGUCUUACAGUCUGACAGAAAUGUAACAGUGAAUGCAAGAAAUCACAUGGGACAGUUAACUGGACAACUGACAGUAGGAGCUGAUGCUGUGGAAGCUCAGUGUAAGAGAUUUGAAGUGAGAGCCAGUGACAGUGGAAAAAUAUUGUUUUCUGCAGAUGAAGAUGAGAUUGUCAUUGGAGCUGACAGACUGAAAGUAACAGGCACGGAAGGGGCAGUGUUUGGGCACUCUGUGGAGACACCCCAUAUCAGAGCAGAACCUUCCCAAGACCUCAAACUUGAAUCUCCUACUAGAUCUUUAGUGAUGGAAGCACCCAGGGGAGUGCAAGUCAACGCAGCUGCAGGAGACUUAAAGGCUACCUGUAGGAAAGAACUGCACUUACAAUCCACAGAAGGGGAGAUAUUUUUAGACGCAGAUACAAUACGCCUGGGAAAUCUACCAGUGGGGUCCUUUUCAUCCUCCUCCUCCUUCUCCUCCUCCUCCUCACCCAGCUCUUCAGCUCCUCGCCAGACUAUCUAUGAGCUCUGUGCUUGUCCCAAUGGUAAACUUUACCUGUCCCCAGCAGGAGCAGGCUCCACAUGUCAAUCCAGUAGCAACAUCUGCUUGUGGAGCUAGAAUGACUCCGUUUUAUCCUCACACCAGAAUAGCCUUUUGUUACUUCACUCUGCUUCACAGUUCAGUUUGGUUUCCCUUGUGACAAGUCCAACGCUCCAAAGGGCCUGCAGAGCAACUUCUUCCACUGUAAGCAGGAGUACGGCGCUGCCUCCUCUUGUGGUCUGUGCUGCCCCUCAACACAGAGAUGGGAGAGAGAUAUCCAGAAAAACAAUGUAUUCUUCAUCAGGAAACCUAGAACAUAAAUCACCUUAUUUUCCAAAAGGAACAAUAACACAGGUGCCUUUGCUACUUGAAGUGAAGCACAUAGUUUUAGAUUUUUGCAGGACCUGGAUAUGAACUGCACAUAAAUAUAUAUCUAGAGAGACAGAGAGACAGAGUAUAUUAAUUUACCUAGAAUCUGAUGGUGAGAUUAAUUGGUUCCCCCUGUAUGAUAAAUAAUUUUACUGUCUGAAAGCACAAUUUUCCAUUCAUCUUUUUGAAGUAAACUUUUAUCCCUGAAUUUUAAAAUUUUAAAGCAUUGUGUGAUGCUUGCUUUACUAAACAAAUUCAGUAAAUGGUUUUUAAUACAAAAAGAGACAAAAUUCCUCCCUGAGUUUGGUUUCUUUAAAAAUGUGUUGUUACUAUUUGUCUACUAAGUCUAGGGUUUUGUACACUAGGUAAAUUUUGGAAAUGCUCAGCAAUAUUCCUUUAAAUGUUAAAAACACAUGCUUUUGUUUGUCAGAUCUGAAUGACCUUAUAUAAUAUUUUCAUGGCCACUGCAUGUGAAGCAAUUGCUUUAAGUCAAACAUACAGUUUCUGGAAAAGAAGACCCGGGUAAAGAAGGAAAUUCUGAUGAUAUGUUUUUUGAUCAGUGUAUUGCUCUUCACAAGGUUCUCAUAAUUGGCAAAUACAAAACCACAGGAGAAAUCUUCAAAGGUACAUCUUGCCCAUUUUCUGACUAUCUGCUGCCACUUGAACACAGUACAAACAUUGGUAGUAAUGUAACGUGGUGUUGAGAUGCAGUGCACUAACAACUUGUAUGACAUUCACAUUUAUUAUUCUCUUUUGUUUACCAUCUGUUGCUGAGGUUUCAAAGUAAUAGUAGUAUAUAUAGAACCACAUAUUAAAUGACAUUCGGUAUUAAAAAGUAUGUCAAUAUUACAUUAUCUUUACCAGGUCUGUGUUUAAAUUAUGCAGCCACAUUUGCACUCAGAUGUCACUGCUGACUUUCUUUUUUGAAAAUUUUCAUGUGUUAUUUCUUUCUUGUAUCAAUGUUCAUACUUAUUUGGCUUAAUUGUUAAUUGAAAUCUUACGAAAAACACUUUGGUAUGCUGCUGGUAAAUUUGGCAUGGCAUUGAUUAACAAGAGUAUCUUGAAACUUGCAGAACCCAGGAAAGUAAAACAAUAUAAAAAUGUUUCCUAUUGUGGAAGAUGGCUUGAUUGUGUGAGGUAAGUGUGCUUUUUGAUUCUAUUCUUUAAAUUACAUCACCUAGCUUGUAUUUUUGGAGGCUUCUGGAUCUAAGAUCACCAAUGAAAUGAGAGCUUUUGCAAAGUAAUUCUAAGGCCGGAGGAGAUGGUGCAAGGUGGGUAUUUCUACACACUUUUUUUUUUUUUUAAAUAUAUUUUGAGAGGAAAAAAAAAAUGAAAAUGAGCUAACUAGUAUGUUGAUUGCCAUGGCAUCUUAUUACCACCUGAUAAGAUUAACUUUGUUUUCAGUUCAGGUAAAAUUCACUCCUAUGCAGAAGACCAGCACAAGACAUGUCAACAGCUUGCCUUACAAGUGGCCCUCUUCAGAGGUGUGAAUUUUACCCCAUAGCAAGAAUUCUGUAUUUGAUGGUUUUAACAGUUAAAUGAAAGUUUUGAAUGGAUUCUUUUAUGUAUUCAAAUGAAGGCUGUUAACAGCUGACUUCUUGUCUCUUUGAGAUUUUUCUUCUUUGAAAUAAAAUAUACUAGAUAAUAUUGCAAGAAAAUAUAUUAGAACAUGAGGAUUUUUCAGAUAGUAAGAGGGACAAAAAGAGUUACAGGUGACAAAGAAGAUGAUAAUAAAACAUGAAAAAGUGUAGCCAUAAAAUACACCCUUAUUGUAUGUAGGGAUAUGGAUAUCUUUUUCUUAUGCACACAAGUAAUGGAAUGCUAGAGUGAUAGUAAUGAAUUUCAGGAAGAAAAGUAUAAAGAUAUCUAUGAGGACACAUUUAUGUGUAUUCAUUAUCUGUGCACAUCUACAUACAUCUGUUGCUUAAAAGAUGAACAAAUAUAGUGACUAAUCUAUUUGGUAAAUUAAAAUGGGGCUUCCCACAAAUUGCAUACAGGUAAGCCAAGGAGUUUUUUUUCUCCUCAAAUAAAUGUGCAAGAUGACUUGCAGAUACAUUGUCAUGAAUUUUCCACUGAAAAAUUCUUAUUUGUUUGUUCUUCACCUUCUGAGAUUAUUUACCUGUUAUUUGUUUAAAAAAGGUUUCUGUUCACUGGAUGGAAGGAUCCAAUCUUAAUAAAUUUUACACCAACUAGGUUGGGAAUGGGCAGGUAGGAAGAAAACUCUUGUUACUAGAUUAAUUUUAACAGCAAGACUGAAAUAAUUUGCCACUUUGUAUGAAGAGAACUAAGAAGAGAUACAUGGAUAGUACAUUGGACUCCAAAAAUCCAACCCAGUAAGUUCACCUAGCUCUGCACUGUCAGGAUAUUCUUUAUUGGAGUCCCAUCAAUAUGAAGUAGAGAACAUUUAAGAGCUUCAACAACCUAUGAGGUAGAAUAACAAGUUCUCAUAAAGUCUUAAUAUCUGUUGAAUUUCAUAAUGUUAAUGUUUUUCUUUAUAUCCAUUGAAAACUGUAAGAAGGGAAGAAAUAAGUUUGUAUUUUAAAAAGUAUUUCUAGCCCACAUGACUUCAAGGAGUAUUCAAAAAGUGAUUUCAAUGCAUUAACCAUUCUAAAAAAUUAAGAUGCCAUUCUUAUGAUAUCAAUGAAAUAUCUGCAAAGACCUUGUUGGCUACAUGUAUUCAAUAUAUAUGAUAGAUUUAUCUCUUGUAAAAAAUAUUUGUGUCAUAUUAUAGGAUGCUGUCUCUUUCUUGUUAAAAAAAAAAAAGAAGAGAGAAAAGUGAAAGCAUCAGCCAACCUCUCUGAGCACUGUCAGCUGUAUGGUUUGUAUUGCAGUUCAUUCAUUGGUUAAGACCAAAGACAGACACUUCUAUUAUAUCCAACACUAUGACACUACUGUUUCUACUAAUUCUGUUGGAAUGAAAAGAUGAAAAGUUGUAAUUACAACAUGAAAUGUAACAUAGUUUAGAUUUGUGCAGCAUUUUGAGCUGUAGAUUUUCACUUUUUUCCAGGGUUUAAAUUUUUUUCAGUGUCUUGCAAUUACAUUACUAUUUAUGCAUAAGGUGAGGGGGGGGGGGGGGUCUUUUGGUGUUCCUAAGAAAACAUGCCAAGAUAUUGCUGCUUUGAAAUGAAGUUAUACUGGUUUGCUUGUAAAAAUGGAUUGAUUGGAUAAAAUAAUUCACUUUCGACCAUUUUAGAUGCAGAGGGUUAUUGAGUCUGGAAGAUAGAGCCAUAAUUGUCUAGAGGGAUUUAAUGAAGGAUGUUUGAGAUAUUUGGUUGCUAACAUAAUGUAUCUUUUAGGGGGGUUUUGUUUUAUUUGUUUUGCUUUGGUUUUAGAUUCCAAAUAAUUGCUAAAUAAAAAACAAGUUAAAAAUCCACAAACUUGGACUAUGGAAUUGUUAUCAGCUGAUCCACUGUAGCGCAUGAAAGCUGGAUCAAAAUCUGAGCAUUGUAUUGUUCCAAACAGUACUCAGUAAAGGUCUGCUAACCAUUUUUGUUUUGUAACCUUCAUGUUAAUGGUUCUCUUGUAUAUAGAAGUAUAUAUAAAAAGAUGGGAACUAUUUUCUUACACAUACUAUGCAAUAUGUUUGUAGAACUGCAAUAUUACGAAAAUUACAAAAGCUGUGCUUUUGUACUCUCUUGCUUUAUGUAAAACAAAUCUUUUUUCUAUUUAAUGGACUGUCUGUCUUAAAAUUGUGGAUAACAUUAUUCAAAAGCAGUACUCUGAAAAUUUUAAGACUUUUAUUUAACUUCGAUUUUAUUUUUUUAAUGAAAAUAAUAGCAAGGUUUUGGAAGUUGGAAAUUUUUUUUUCUUGGAAAGCUAGAACUUUUUCAGCAUGUAAUUAACACUCAGUUUAAAACGUCUCCUAUACUUCUUUCAUUGGUCUUAGCAUUUCCAUCUGGUGCUACCAUAUAACCAUAAAUAAAUCUGAUACAUUAAAUAGGAAACAUAUCAGAACUAAUUUCAAGAAUAAUCAAACAGGAAUCCUGCUAAGGGUGAGGAGAACAUAUAGUUUGGCUGAUGAGAAACUUUUAGAAUUUCUGGGGUUUCUUUAUGGAUUUUUUUUUUGUUAGUUUGCGUUUCCUUACCUCUGUCUACAUUAGCAACGUGGUAAUAGCUUUAAUUUGUUUUUCAAUUGUUUUGUCCUCAUACACAGACUAUAUUACAGUUUUAUUUCAAACAUUUUUUUGUAAAUAACAGACACUGCAAUUAAAUGCAGUACUUAUGUUAGGAAAACCCAAUUUUAAAGAAGUCUAGGCUUUAUUUCUACAGCAGCAUUAGUAAAGUUUAAAUUACGAUGCUGCUAUAUCAUCUACCAUAAAAGCAUAUUGCACUUCUCAGGUUCCGUUGUAUCUUGCCAGAAUAAUCUUAAACUGCAUAUUCAUGUUUAAACUGCCCUUGUUUACAAGCCACUUGAGAACUACAGAGUCAUGUAAAAGUUUUUGUGGUGGUGUCACCAAUGCAGACAAAUGCUCUCUGUGCUUACCCUGGGCCGUGUCGUUGCUGCUAACAGCACAGCUUUGCACUGGGCUCCAACAAAAAGCAAGGUGAGCAUUUAGUGGGCCUGUUUACACUGAACUCCUUGCUGCCAUAUUAUGAUUUCGUCAAUACCCAGGCAGCAACUCGCUUCAUAAUGCCUAAAAAAUCAGUAAUUUCUGUACAAGAGCAACAGUUGCAUAGAACCAUCAGUAAUAUAGACUGAUAAGUCUCAAGUGACUAAAACAUGAUAGCUGAUGCAGCAAGAAAAAAUAUUUAGCCAUUUUACUCAGGGUUGGACUAGUCCAAUCUGGGGAAACUACUGCCAGUAAAAAAGAAAUAGAAAAUAAGUGAAAAAAAUCCACCAUAUGCAUCAUGCUGAUUCAAUAGAGCCCACACUGAGACAAAUUUAAUACAAGCUCUCUAUGUAAAAUAUAGCUAGGUCUCCUCUGAAAGUUGGAACAGAGCUUCAGAUUACGUUGUUUGAAUUUGAAAGUAUUAUUUGCUCUUUCAGCAAUACAUUUCUUAUACAGGCCAGGACAGGAAUAGUGUCAUAAGAGCUGAGGUAAAAUCUUAUACUGUAUAUCCAGUCUGAUCAGAGUCCAUUAACCACAAUAAAAUCUAGCCUAUUUAACUAAGAAAAAAAAAUGAAAUUUGAAACUUUUGCUGAGUUUUGGCAAAACUUUAAGUGGAUUUCACUUUUUUACGGAGUGUCCAGCUCUAAAAGUGUCUUCAAUUCUGACAUGUUUAAGCAAUGACAGCAAUUUAUAUUAAAAAAUUUGCCCCUGGGGCUAACCAGCUUCAUUUAAUGCAUGACUUGAUCUGAGAAGCAAAAGUUGCUUUUAGUCCCAUGUAUGCCCCUUUAUUUGAGAGACCCACAAGGGAGAAGUUCAUCUUUCAGCAUCACCUAGAGCACAGUGUAAAGUAGGAUUUAAGCAUAAGAGAUGCAUUACUGAAGGCAAGAUGUAUUGUUUUCUGUGCUCUGUGAUAUUUUGAGAGCUUGCAUACAGUCAUUCUUUACCACUAAGAGAUCUGCAAUCUAGCACAACAACUUAUUUCUAAGUAUAUAUUUCAGAACAGAAAUGGUUUUCUUUCUAGGGGAUGUUUACUCAGUUUUCUUGUCCCAGACACUGCAACAGUUAGUAAGUCAAAUCCUCCUUCUUAACUCCCACCCACUCUUAACUCUUCAGCUGAGCUUCUGUUGUCCCCUUAAACAUCCUCUUUUCUUCACAAACAACAAAAGUAUAGGCAACAAAAAGAAUUUUGCUGUCUCAUUAUUAGGAUGCUUCCUGUGUGACUUACUUAAACUGGGUCAAGUGGAAGGUUAUUUGCUUUGUGACAGCAGAAGUUAUGCAAGGAAAACGCACAUAGGUAAAUAUAAUUUUUAGUCUAUCUUACUGGAAUGAUACUUCUAGAGUGAAAGAUUUUAGACUAUAGGCUUCUUAAAAACUUUUUAUUUCUCAGAUGUUUUGUCAUUCAAUUAAUGUAUUUAAAAUGCCAUAAAAUAAAAAUGGGAAUUAUCCAAUCCUGUCACAUUUUUUUAAUAGAAAAGGAAUCACUGAGCUCAUUAUUUGUCCCUCUCUACCAAUGCGCUUAUUUACUUUUACAAAUCUGAAAAAAAAAACAAACCAGAGCUAAAAUGUUAAAUAGGAUAAAGAUAACUAUUUAAAACCCCUAUUAAACAGAAUAUUGUUCCUUUUAGUUCAUGACUGACAUUCUCAUUCAUCCUUGGUAAAUUAAUGCUCUGAUUUCUUAUACAGUGGCAAGCUUUCUGUUGUUUUGUGUGAUCUCUGGGAGAUAGGAAACCCCUGAUGAUAAAGGAAAUAGAAUAACUGCACAGUAUUGAAAGAAACAUCUGUGAUAAUAUUCCCCAUGCUACUAUGGAACUCAAAAAGAUAUGGGGACAUUUACUCAUGUGAGGGAAAACGGUCAUCUAAAGUAUUUAAAUGUUGUGAAGAAAAUAGUCAGGAUGUUUCCAGCUCCAUGCUCCCCAGGAUAACUGAGACAGGAUAACCUUCGAGAGACAGACAGAAAGGAAAUUGUUUUCUUGAUCUGCAUUGGGAUGUGUAGUACAGUGAGGCACAGGCAGUAAAUCUAAAUCAUCUUGCAACAGUAAAAACAGUCAGAAGACUGCUCCCUAGCCCUCAGAGAAAUGGAAAGAAAGUCAGGUAAAGAUGUAUCAUACCAUUCUAGGAAUGGUUUGUGUUGAAUGGUUUGGGUCGAAAGGAAUCUUAAAGAGCAUCUAGAUUCAACUCCCCUGCCCUGGGGCCACCUUCCACUGAACCAGCUUU